ACACACGUUGACUAUAUAUGUACGCCACAAGUAACUACCCAUUUGUUCGAUAACGGUGGUAAAAGAUGGAUCGAAACCUUAGUUCCUCCAAACAUACGACGAAAAAGAUGAAGGAACUCUCCGAGCUCAGUUCUCUCCUGCCCCAUCAACCACAAGAGGGAGUGGUUUCUUUGUUGCCGGAGCAAGUACUAGCUGAGAGCGUGGAUUACAUAAAGAAGCUGCAAGAGAAGUUGGAGAAACUGAAGCACAAGAAGAGCUGCUUAAUGAGAAUGUCCGAAAAUUCGGCCACUGAUCACCUCAAAACACUCAACAUCAGCAUUAGCGUAAGUGGGUCGGCCUUGGACGUGGUUCUGAGAACUGGACUCGACUAUCAGUUUAUGUACGCCCGAGUUAUCCGAAUGCUGCACGAGGAAGGUGCUGAAGUUGUUAACGCCAGUUUUUCAGUAGUGGAUGAUACCAUAUUCCACAACAUACACUCCGAGGUAAAUGGAGAGCAUGGGCUGGAACGUGUAGCUGCGAGAAUAAGUGAGAGAUUGAGGAAGUUUGUGAGUGAUGUCGAUUAGUUGAGACCAUGUGGUCGGGCUUGAAGUUGCUCUUUAA